GCACUUCCAGCCGGGCGACCUUGGUUUCCGAGACUUCCUGGAGUCCAGUUUCCUCUUUUGGGAAAUGGAAUGGCCAAGGCUGACAGUGAUGGUUUAGGGCGCACGGGGACCAGGGUCUACGGCCUCAGAAGGCGAAGGGUCAGGCUUGCGCCUCUCCAGGGCUGGGCUCAAACCACCGGCCGCUCGGGACAGGACCGUCAAGCCACUAGACCCGGCGACCCUCCGCAAGGCCCCGGCUCGCGCGGAUUCUAAAAUGAGGACAAAGCCCGCCCGGAUCUACCGUGCGCGCGCCGCUGCUGCCAAUGGGAAGCCGGCACGGGACUGAGUGACAGACAGGCGAAGCCAAUGAGCAUGCACCUUGUUGCGAGGUGGCCUUGGCUCCGGCAUUAUAAAGAGCGCCACGAGUCGGCAUUGUCAGGCGGCGGCACCGCGCGGCCGGGGCGAGCUUUGGAGUCGGUGGGUUCGUGCGGCUGCGGAGGCGGAAUAGGCGAGCGUGAGGUCGCAGCGGCUCCGUCGGUAGACGGGGGAGAGGCCCGGCAGCGCGAGCGUUAGCGCGGCCGAGCCCGCGGUGCCUUCUCGGCGGGUGGGGACGAGCGGGCCCCGCGGCGUCAUCGGCGGCGAGGAGCCGCGCGCCUCGGCCUAGCAUGUCGGAAGCAGGUGAAGAGCAGCCCAUGGAGACGACGGGAGCCACUGAGAACGGACAUGAGGCUGCCCCCGAAGGCGAGUCGCCGGCCGGGACGGGUACCGGCGUUGCGGCGGGCGCUGGAGGCGGGAGCGCGGCGCCCCAGGCCGGCAACCAGAACGGCGCCGAGGGCGACCAGAUCAACGCCAGCAAGAAUGAGGAGGACGCGGGAAAAAUGUUCGUUGGUGGCCUGAGCUGGGAUACCAGCAAAAAGGAUCUAAAAGAUUAUUUUACCAAAUUUGGAGAGGUCGUUGACUGUACAAUAAAAAUGGAUCCCAACACUGGCCGGUCAAGAGGGUUUGGAUUUAUCCUCUUCAAAGAUGCAGCCAGUGUGGAGAAGGUUCUAGACCAGAAGGAGCACAGGCUGGAUGGCCGUGUCAUUGACCCCAAAAAAGCCAUGGCCAUGAAGAAAGACCCAGUAAAGAAAAUUUUUGUAGGGGGUCUGAAUCCUGAAGCCACUGAGGAGAAGAUAAGGGAGUACUUCGGCGAGUUCGGGGAGAUUGAAGCCAUUGAGCUUCCAAUGGAUCCAAAGUCGAACAAAAGACGAGGCUUUGUUUUCAUCACCUUUAAAGAAGAAGAACCUGUGAAGAAAGUGCUGGAGAAAAAGUUCCACACCAUCAGUGGAAGUAAGUGUGAAAUCAAGGUGGCUCAGCCCAAAGAGGUUUAUCAACAGCAGCAGUAUGGCUCUGGGGGCCGUGGGAAUCGCAAUCGAGGGAACCGAGGCAGUGGGGGCGGCGGUGGAAGUGGAGGUCAGAGUCAGAGUUGGAAUCAGGGCUACGGCAGCUACUGGAACCAGGGCUACGGCUACCAGCAGGGCUACGGGCCCGGCUAUGGCGGCUACGACUACUCGCCCUAUGGCUAUUACGGCUACGGCCCCGGCUACGACUACAGUCAGGGUAGUACAAAUUACGGGAAGAGCCAGCGACGCGGUGGCCAUCAGAAUAACUACAAGCCAUACUGAGGCUUCAGCAGGAUGACUGACCACACACGCUUUGUUUGGAUAUCGAGUGAACACAAUUAUGUACCAAAUUUAACUUGGCAAACUUUCUAUGGCCUGUCCCAUGUGCAUCUUAUUUAAAAUUUCCCCCCUGGAAAUCACUCUCCUGUUUAAUAUUUCCAGAGCUCUAGUUGUUUAGGCAGCGUGUGGUUUUUCAAGAGGCCAGAGCGGCAUUAUGGGCUGAUUUUUAUUACUGGGUUACCCAGAACCAGAUUGGAGGGUCUGCUUCCUGCUGCCGCUCUGCAGCCUGGACCUGUGGACCCUGGUUGUAAAGAGUAAAUUGUAUCUUAGAAAACCAGUGUCACCUUUUUUUCACCUUUUAGUUUUAUAUUAUUUGUGUCAUACAUUUCCUAUAACGGAAGUGUUAAUUUUACUGUACUUUUUGGUACCUUUCGGGAAUCUAAUGUAUUGUAAGGUAUUUUACACGUGUCCUGAUUUUGCCACGACCUGGAUACUGAAGCUAUCCAAGCUUUUGAAAUAAAAAUUUAAAAACCCCCAA